CGACGGCCAUCGCUCACCUACGCACAUUCUUCGCCAUGUCUACCAUACUUCGGACGCUGCGGAAUCUGGGGAGGAUUGGUAUCAAGGUCAGGCUCGAUCUGUCGUGGCCCGAUGCAUCUGCUGUUGCCGUGCUGUGCUGACUAGGAACGCUUCCGGAAUACAGGAAUAUGGCCACCAAUUGCAGGUAUGUAGCACCUGGGAGGGACUAGGUCUCUUAAUAAAACUUGGGAACUUAUGUUUGAGUGCGAAAUUAUCUAGUACAUUGGCGAUACCAAAGCCGGUACCUUGAUCGGUGUUGACCGUUUCGGAAACAAAUACUACGAGAAUAUGGCAGAGGAGCUUCCUUUGAGAACACGAUGGGUUGAUUAUAAGGAACCUGAAUAUGACCCUUCCCAGAUUGAGCCUGGCUGGCACGGCUGGUUGUCCUACAUGGUCGAUUCUCCUCCUACGCAAGAUAAGAUUCUGCAAACUGGUCUUCGCGCGUGGGAAUUGCCCGAACACCGAGCCAACCUCACUUUGAGCCGUGGAGCGUACAAGCCCUACUCAACCACACGGUCUAAAAUCUCCGCUUGGACUCCUGUCGCUGCUCAGCGGUGAAGUCAAAUUCAGCCGGCGUGGGGAUUAGAUGCGCCUAUGAUGUCCCCUGAAAUGUACAUAAAGACAUGCUAUUGGCACCUUG